CACGAUCCCGAUCCACGCGGCCAGUCUUGCCGCGCCAGCGCGAUCGAAAGGAUCGAUGUCGUUGCAUCGCGCGGCCGCGUCGCGAUCGUUUCGAAAUAUCAAACCGCAAAUCAAUUUCGCGCGAUAUCACACGGGUGCAGUGAAAUAAACAUCGUCCAUCGUGGAAACCGUAUACAUAUCGAGAGACGCGAUAUCGAUAUGAUGAAAAAUCUAAAAAUAACACAGCGAUAUAUUUUUCUUGAUUGAUUCCUCCUGAAACAACGUCUUCCGUCCUUAAUUAUUUCGUCUUUUUUCGUCUCGUUCAUAUUCCUUCUCCGUUCUCUCUCGUGCAAGAUUUGUUGUUUUGUCGGUGUGCGUCGGUCUCCGGUGGUACGUUUUCCAGUUUCUUUUUUUCUUUUUUUUUUUCCCUCCCUCGUGGAACAUCGUGUUGUGUAUCGAACCGCCGUGUCACGAGUCGUGUUUUCCACAGUGGAUUUUUCAUAGCCGUCGUCUCUGGAUGAAAAAUACGGGGGAGCCACGAGCAGCGUAACGGGGGAGUGUUAAGGGACAAUUAUAUUAACGCCCUUUCGGAUCACACCCUCGCUUACAAGAUCUUUCUUGGGUAAUUUCUUAAGAAGGGGGUAUACCCGCCGCUUCUUAAGCUUAUUUAAUCUCUCUGUCGUCUUUUAACGGUGGAGCGGCAUAAUCUAAAAUUCAUUGUCUCCCCCGAGUUUCAACUUGGUCGUCCGUCUCUUUCUCUCUCUCUCUCCUUCUCCGCUCUUUUAUCGUAACGCUGUCAAAUCUUAUCCGACCCCUUCCGUUUUCUAUCCUCCUCUCUUCUAAUUCUCGUUGUCGUUAAUUUUAUCGUCGUUCUCGACGUCAUCCAUUCAUUCGGAAAUAAAAAAAAAAAAAAGGAAAAGAAAUAAGGAAAUUUAUUAGGUCGUUGAUCGAGUUCUUUAAGGAAUUUUCUUUAUGAGAAAUAUUGUAUUCGAAUUGUUUCGUUUAAUAUUGUACGCGAGUUAAUUUGAAUAGAGAUUAUUAAUUUACCCGUUCUCACUAUUCAGCAGAUAUUCGAUCCCAUUGGAUCGUUGGAGGAUCGUUAACGCGUUAAUUAAUUAUCGAUCACGCUUUUUCCAAUUGUUUAGACGAGAUAGACAAUUGUCGAAAUAUAGAAUAUAGUGGAAUAUCCGCAAAAUAAAUUUCUUAACUUCCUGCCUUUCUCGAAAUUUCCCUCGGCUUCCUUUCACACCCGAUACAUUCUCAGUCAGUUCGCGUGAGUAACGACUGACUUUUUUAAGAAGUAGAGAAAAAAAAAAGAAAAGAAAAGAAAAAGAAAUUACAGCCUAUCAUCGUUUACAAGCGAUCCAUACGACUCGCUUAACGACCCAAUAAGAAAAAAAUUGACCCUUUCUCAUUAAGUUAUACCAAUAUACCAUCGCCUCGCAUCGAUAAAUUAUCGUGCUUUACGAUUCUCUUCCUGGUCACAGCUCGUCCGUGACGAAUCGCCCUUCGUUCGUUUCUCUGAACCGCGUCCCUGGAUCGGGAUUCAUCAGGGGGUUUUCGAUCCCAGGGGAGGAGGAAGUCUGGCGAAAAACCGGAGGCCUGGUCGGUGAUUAACGGUUUUGCACGCUCGUUUUACGGAAGGCGCGACGUUUCGUGCGUGGCAUCGAGCGAUAGCCCGCCACGCACCGCUUCGUUUCACGCAGCUGAUAACACUGUUUGAACUGUCAGUCGUCGCCUGAUACCGAGUCGGUGUUUCACAAUUAGAGAAGCCCGUGAAAAAGUUCGAAACGUCGUCGCUCCUUGUGAUUAAUCGCGUGCGCCUGGCGGGAGGGGGAGGGUUCGACGAGCAGCGGAACCCGGAAAGGAGAGAGUUACGAGGACGAGAGCCGUGGCGAUAUUUCAACGGAGCGUCCUCUUCUCGCAGCGGCGAGAUAAAAGAAAUCGCGGUGUAUCGAGGAAACCGAGCGAACUCACGCACGCACGCACUCAACGCCUCGAGCUCUUCGAAUAAACGCGUUGCCACUGGUAAAAAGAAAUUAUUCUGGAAGGCGCGGCGCGAUAAAUAACGAGUGUUCCACGAACGAUGCUCGAGUUCUCCCCGAGUAUCUAACCAGACCAGACGAUUGCUCAGCAACGCAAAAAUAGAAGGUGAUUGAUCGUGCGUCGCGAAAGGAAUGCGAUCUGUGCGCGGUGAAUCUCUAUAGGAGUGUUACGUUAGCCACGAUCCCCCAUUCGCGGAUGAAAUGGCAAAUUUAGUGGUUUCUCGGUGAACGUGUCACGGUUCUCACCGUUUCCUGAGAUGUGUGUGCUACGUAUGUUACGCGAGAUCGAGCCGUGUUGAGAAGAAGGGACAAAGGAAGCUUCCUUUUCAAGCCGAUCACUUGGAUCGUUUUUCUCGGCGGCUUUUUAUCGAGCGGAUGAUUCCUGUGAUAACGGGUUGGGCCUGCAGAGGGGAGUGGAUAGAGAUAGUAUUGGUCGCGCAAUCAGGAAUCAUCGAUGGAACGGGCGGGCAUCGAGUGGUUGGCAACGUGCUCCACCGGUUAAUACCGGCCACGACGAAAUUACGCUGCGCCAAGUGUAGCCAGAAAUUGGCAGGAUAACGUGGCCACAGUCGAUUACUGGGUGCAGCGAGCAGGCAGGAGAGGUGCGUUGGGAUAAGGGAGAAGGAAGAUUGGAAGGGGAUUACGAUUACGCGAAGAUGCGAGAACACGCAGGAUCGAGAAAAUGAACGAUGAAAUAAUCCUGAAGGGUUUGACCGGUGGCGGUAACAUUCCAUUCGCGGACGAGGAUGGAACGGCGCUCGAUCACGUUGGCGGCCGAUCGAGGACAGAGGUGAGGCGGAAGGAAGCGCACACUUUCGGGACAUUCGGCGGGCCGUCGAGGAUCGAUCAAGAGGGAAGAAGCUGCUCCUCGAUGCUCGAACGGAACGCGAGCAUGUUGGUCGGGCAGCAGCAGCAGCAGCAGAGGCAGCAAUACAAGCAAUCGCCCGACCCUAGGAGGAUCGGCGCGAGGAACGAGGCGAUCGAGGGGAGCGGGGAGAAUCCUCUGCAACGAUACGAGAACGCGGUGCUGAAGUAUCAGAGGAGGCAAGGGAGCCGGGACAGGCAGAACCACGGUUGCUCGAGCAGCGACGAGAGCGUGGCGAGGAACAAGUCGAAGAGCAUCAGCUCGAUCGACACGCAGUCGGUGAACAACAUAUUGGACGAGUACGAGGACCUGGAUUACGGGAGGUCGUCGGAUUUGAGCGACGUCGGGAGCAUAAGCGUGUCCAACUUCGAGGCCGUGAUGAUGGACCAGCGGAAGAAGCAGCAGCAGCAGGAGAGGUCGAGAGCGUUGGCCGCGACGAGGAUCCAGCCCAAGUGGCCGGGCGCGCGAGAGAAGUCGCAGCCGGUGGCGAGAGCGAGUGAACCGAUGCAGGCGAGGCAGAGGUCUCGGGAGAGGCAGAAGGAAUCCUCGAGGCAGCCGCAGUCGCCGAUCGAGGACGGGACUCGUCCCUCGUCUUGCGUGCCCGUCACCGUGGACCCAGGUCGCGCGAGAGUUCCGGAGGUGUUGCUUCGCAAGGGGGAGGUGCAGAAGAGGGUGGACGAGUGGCUGAAUCAGACGCAGAGCCAGAACUUCGCGGGGGCGCGGGAGAAAGCGUUGACCAGGUCGAACAGCAGCGCGGAUCAGAAGAGUCAGAGGAGGUACAGGCAAGACUCGAGGUCGAGGUCGAUAGACGAAGGUAGGGACAAGUCGAACGGGACCUCGUCGAGCUACGACGAUCUCAGCCGGGCGGAGAAGAAGGUGGAACGCAAGCCGAACGUGGACAAGGUGAACGUCGGCGUGAACACGAGCAGAGGGACGUACAAGGAGUAUCUCGCCUCGAAGAGCGGCGGCGGCGGCAACGGGAGGAGCGGCAAGCAGCAGGAUUACGGUUUCAGCGCGUCGAGCUGCGGCGCGACGAUCGGCAGAACGAGGGACAUGAGCCCUUCGACCGCCGGCUCUAGGAUUCCGCAGAGGGGCCCGUUGGGCUCGAGCUUCAGGUCGAGGCGGUUCGAGUCGUCGGGCAACGAGGCGAGCCAAGCGGAUAAUAGCGGCGGGGGGGAGCAGCCGUCGCAAUUUUACCAGGGCGAAAAGAACUGUCGCGCGAGAAACGCGGCCGACAGCAGGCCGACGAAUUUGGUAAAGACGAGAAACGAGUCCGAUCACGGGAGGAUAUCUGGGGUGGUGGUGGUGGUAAGCGGCGUUACCGGUGGUUCGACAACAUCGGCGAGCGCGAGUGUCGCGUCGGUUAUCCCGUGCAGGAAAGCGUCGUUCAAGCGGUCGCAGAGUCACGAUCAAAGCGCGGCCGGCGCGUCGCGGCCGCUCGUUAAGGAAGAGACAGGCCAGAGAGGCGGCAGAGGAGGGAGCGGCAUCUCGAAGGGCCCGGCCAACCUUGGUGACCAAGGCGAGCCGAUCUCGCCAAAUAAGGACGGAGAAAGUAGGCGGCCGGCUCUCACGACCGAUUCAUCGCGAACGGCUGGUGAUAAAGCAGCCGAUGUUGCCUGCAAAUCGAUCGAGGUUCCGAGGGAUCGACCCACGCGGGUUACGGGUGGUGAGUCGGGCGGUGAGUCUAGGAGGUGCUAUCCUCAGGACAGCAAGAGGGACAACAAAAUGGAUCAGCAGACGGUGGUUUACGGUGCGGUUGGCGCCCGCGUGCGGACUCUCCAAGGUCAUCAGGAAUCCCGCGUCACGAGGCCGAGGAAUCUCCAAGCCGGCCUCGCCCCGCCGGAAGCUAGAAAGCCACCGGUUCUCCCGAGGAGGGAUCAGAUUCCUUGCUGCCAGGAGGGGAAGGAGGAUCGGGCGACGAAACGUUCGCCGAUCGGUUCCCCUCGGUCCACGUUUAAGCCGAACAGUCGGGUUUACGCGGCGUUGCAACAAUUGAACGAGCAGAACUCGGCCAAGUCCAGGUCGACGGGCAACGGCCCCGCUGACAAGUCGCCCGCGAGACCCCACUAUUCCUCGCCGAAUCACGCGGUGGAGAAGAUUUACGAGCGCAGUCUUCAGCCUCAGGUGAUUCACGUGGACGACCUCCAAUCGAUCCUUCGACCUUCUUUGCAGGUUUCUGCUUACGGCGAAGGAGGGACGGCCGCUCGAUCCGAUCGCAAGUCGCCUCCCAAAGAAGUGGUUAUGCUCGGCCAACGAAACGAAAAGGAGGCCGAGGAGGAAGAGGAGGAGGAGGAGGAGGAAGAAGAGGAGGAGGAGGAGGAGGAGGAGGAGGAGGAAGAAGAAGAAGAAGAAGCGGAGGUUUACGAACGGGUCGGUGAGUUGCGGUACGAACACCUGGAGACUAUCGAGGAAGACGAUCAGAAGAGCGAAGCGUCCGUUUGCGGAUACCCGGAGAUCGGAUUGAGUCGAUGCUCGAAGAUCGAGCAAGGCCUGGCGAACGGUAGGUCGCAGGAGAGGAGGAAGAAGAGGAGGAAGAAGGAAGGUUUGACGCAGUGUUCGAAGCCGGAUCAAGCGAACGAAGCUGGCAGGACGUUCGUCACGUUUCGCUCAUCCAGUUCCCCCCAGGGCAUUAAGGCGAACCUGCAAUCUCGACCCGCCGCGACUGGUUUGUCGGAGUGCAACGAACAGCAGGAAAAACGGGAGGUCGCCGCUGCCGAGGAGCCGCCGAGGAUCAUGAUCGUCCACGACACGGAGAUCCCUUACGAUUCCGGGAACCCGGCCGACAGGAGCGAACCGUGUCACUCGCGGGAGAAUAGCAAUCUCUCCACCGCCACUAUCCCCGUGGACGAGCUUGAGAGUGAAAGGCAGGCGGCAAAGUUCAAGGUCGAAGACGCGUGUCUUGGAUCGAACGAGAUGUCCGAUCAUCGAACAAUGGAGGCGAGAUUUCAAAAGGAGGAUGCCAAGGAGGUCGGUUGCCAGAAGGUCGAUAGAUGGGAGAGCGAGAAGGAGAGGGCUAGCUCGAGGGAAAUGGAGGAGCGCGGGUCUGUGGUGAACGAAGUGUUGGUGAAGAAUCUUCAGUUCGAGCAAGAUUUGCCCAAGGAUUCGGUGGAGCAUAUUGUUAGUGGUGGUGGUGGUGGUGGUGGUUGUAGUGACACGUUUGGAAAGCUCAUCGAGCAUGUCGGUCAGCAGAGAGCGAUGGGGUACCACAACGUUUUGUGCGACAAUUACGAGAACGUGCAGAACGCGAGGUAUAAGGAGAGCAAGGUGUACGUGACGAAAGAGGAGAUGGAGCGGCAGAGGCUGAUGGAGCUGCUCAGGAAGGGAGAUUACGAGUUAGCGAAAGCGAAAAAUACGAACAACCGAACCUUUCGAGCAACCAAAUUUCCACGAUGCGAUAAUUUUAUCCGUAUACCAGAAAUCCAUAUACAUCGUGCGAGUACCGUCCAAGUUUCGUUCCUAAGUGAUUAUCGUGUCAUUGGAAAUAUAAUUCGAGGAGGAAAAGAUAUAUAUAUAUACAUAUAUAUAUUCGGAUUUUCCAAGUCGAUCGGAAGAUUGGAGAGAAUCGCGUGUAAUCUGCGUGGAAACGCGAGUGGCCGGCGCUCGAAGGUAUUUCGAGCGCGGGCCAGUUACGAGGAUGAGGAUGUACAGUGGGGGAGGGAGCGAGAAGUUCCGGUUUUCCGGGGCGACGUGGCCGGGGGCCCGCCUUGCGAGAUGCCGCAGCAGAAGUUGCAAUGCGGCGAUUGCAAGAAUCGUCUGCCCGACUUGACCACCGACAUGUGUCGCCUCUUGUCUUACAAAAGUCUGAACGGCCUGGUCAGAGAGAGGGACAGAAGGAGGAAGCAGGAUGGAAAGGAAAGGAAGGGAGAAGAGGAGGGGAAUGGAAAGUUGGACGACAAGGAAUUGGAGAGAAGUUAUACCCUCUCGACCCCGGGGGGUAGCAGCCCCGUUUGUUGCCCGCCCUGCAGCCCGCCCCCUGCGCCGGCCGCAUACAUAUCGAGCGCACGUGCGUCCUCGCGGAGACUCGGCGCCGGAAGCGGAGGUCCGCCGUCACCGGAAAGGGACCCCUUGGGAAGACUGUUAAGAUUCCUCAAGUCCUUCUACAGGGAGCUAGGCACUCGCGAUCCACCCCAUUUGCCGGCGUGGGCGUCGCCACUUCCACUCGGCACCCUUUGUCCGGCGCAUUUCCAGCCGCACCUGCAGCUGCUCCACAAAGGCGAGCAGGAGCACAGGCUCGAGAACAUCAAGCCCGACCAGAUCUUCGCCCCCGUCAGGUUGAGCGACGGCACGGUCUCGGAGGCGCCUCGUCGCGUGGCCAUCGAGGGUGGCCCCGGAAGCGGAAGGACGACCCUCUGCCUCCGCCUCCUUCACCAGUGGGCGAUCCAAGGCGAUGGCCCGGCUCUGGCUUUCAUCGUCCCGUUGCGCGAGCUACGCGGCAGCCCCGUGCUCAAUUACCUGGCGCGGGAAUUAUUCCCGAGGACGGCCGCCAUCGGCGACGCCAUCGCUCAGGUGUGGCGCACGCUCCACCUGAUGGAGGAUCGCGUGCUGUUCAUCCUGGACGGGUACGACGAGUGCGUGGGCGGCAGAGCGUCCCUUGCCGACGCGGUAGACCUUCUGGAGGGGCGUUUGUUCCCGGACGCGAGGAUCCUGGUCACGUGCUCGCCCGGCAACUCGACCAUGCUCUCGCCCCUCGUCCAAAGAAGGAUCCAUUUGGCCGGGUUGGAGUGGCCCCACGUAGAGAGGCUCUGUGUCGCGUAUUUCAUCCACAACGACAUCGCGGAGAAGGCUUGCGAGUUCCUCGAAGCGUUAAACGUGCAACCCCAGACCGUGAAACAGCUCGGUCAGCACCCUCUCGGUUGGAUCAUGCUCUGCUGCCUCUACCAGGACUCUGGAAGUUUGCCAACGGAGACCAGCGCGCUGGUUCAAGCAGCGGUUAAGUGCAUCGUGAAGCGGAGUCUGGAUCCACCUGUCCCUUACAACGAGGAGAUCCCGGGCCAUUGCAGGAAACGAUUGGAAGACUUCGGUAAGGUGUCGUUGGCCGCGCUCAGGGAAGGCAGGUGUUGCUACACGGAGGCCGAGCUCCGCGCACGGGGUGGAGGGAUCGAGGUGACCAGGUUGGGCUUCCUCACCAAAGGAUUGACGUUCGGCCAACGACGAAAACCUGACCUGUACACGCCCAUUCACAUGGCCGUGGCCGAAUUCCUGGCGGCCUACUACUUGACCUCCGUCGCCCAGUACGCGAACAUACUUCGAAGAGAGUUGGAGGGCCUGCCGUCGGGGAUCAUCAGCCACUUGGCCGGCCUGUUGGGGCCCAAGACGCAUCUGAUAUUGAACCAACUGUGCCCGUUGGAGGUGCCACCAAGGGCUGUGUUCUCCCUGUUGAAGGCAGCCGGCGCCUCGGACGGCAAUAUCUCCGCCGUGUGCAGAUUGGUCGGCGCUGGACCCGGCUUCGGCCCUGCGCCCAACGAGAGGCCACCUGCUCCUCUGGUCCACACUUCCCCCCUCGAGCUGGAGGGGUGGGCGAGGAUCCUCGAGAGCGCGGCGUGCACCCUCGAGGCCCUCGAGGUUGUGUUCCAGGUGGAAAGGGGCUCCGAUCCGAGAUAUCUGGACGACUUUUUCGAGGCGUUGGCCGGGAACGAGAGCGUGAAGCUCGUGAGGAUCACGUCCCUUCUUGGCCAAGAGUUCCCCGCGGACGAGGCGCAAAAACUGGCCGGCCAUUUGAAGAGCGUCCUCGGCAAGAAGAAAUUGAACGACUUUGAACUGGUUAUAACCUGUCUCGAGGAAGCUGCCCACGAUAGAUUGGAGUGCGUGGUGAACGCCCUUUGCCGUGGGCUGAGUCACGCGUCGACCAGCCUGGCACGGUUGGUCCUCGACAUGAAUCUGUCCGGCGAGCAAGUGUCCAGGGUCUGCGAUGCUCUUCGUGACUGCGUUCAAGUGCAGGCGCUUCACUUGCCCCAUUUGGGAUGCGGAUGCGAGGGACUUGCCUCGGUCGCGGAACUCCUCAAGGAGAGGCCUUUGCUCGCGCUCAAUUUGGCCGGAAGUUGGGGCGCCAAGAACGAGGAUCCAUCCAGCUCUGGAAUCAGUUCGGGAUCCGGAUCCGGAAGCAGCGGAUGCGCGUCCAGUACCCUUGGCACGCUACCCUUAAAUCGGUGUUACUCGUCCCUGCCGAGGGGUGCAUUGGCAGCCUACGGCAGCUUAACGAGGCCAGCCACCCUUCCGCGGCUUCCCCUCGGGCUUGGCCUUGGUCCCGCGCCCGCCACCGGGAACGGACCGCUGCCGCAAAACGACAGGGACAGAGACAGUAACGGAAGCAGCAAGAGGAACAGCGAUAGCGUACUUUGUCAUCGGUUGCCGCUUCUGCACCCGCUACCCACUUGCGACGUCAGCAGCCAUCAAGGAACUGGCUUCCACGAGAUCUUCAACGCCAUCAGGGAGCCGAACUGCAAGCUGAGGUCCCUGAACGUGUCCAAGUGUUUACUGGGCGGAUUGGACGCGGGCUGCUUGGGAGAGACCAUCAGAAGGGCGCGCAAUUUGGACGCUCUGAGGGCGGCCGGGGCAUCCAGACCGGCGGAUGUGAUGCCAUUAGUACUGGCACUGACAGAGGCACCGUGUCUUCAACUUCUGGAUCUAGCAAGUCCAAGACUCGCCCUCGACGACCACCCUUCCAGAUUACUGUGUCACGCUCUCGCCAGAAAUACUAGCCUUAAGCUGCUCAGCCUGGAGGGAUGGACCUUUAGAAUAGAGGAAUCGGACAGUCUGGCGGUGUUUUCCGAGCUACUCAGAUACACGAGCGUCCGCGAAUUGAGCCUGUGCAACGCCCGGCUACAUCUGGCCGUUCACGAGGGUCCUUUGGCGAGAUUAGGUCGUAGGGACGAUGCAGGAGCGGAGUUGCUCAGAGCUGCGCCUCCUCCCGCCUGUCCCGCCAUUGUGUUUCUCAGGCUGGCCGGUUUUCAAGUGACAGUGAACGAUCGUUUGGCGCUUCGAGGGCCGCUUCUUUUGCCAUUCCUCGCCGGUUUCACAGCCCUCAGCGAGCUCGAUCUCUCGUUGGACAAAUCGACCAUAGGAGGCAGUAGCGGAUCAUUGCUGUUCAUCGAUGACAAAAUCCUUCAACAAUUCUUCGCCUGCUUCUCCUCCCACUUCAAGAAUCUACAGUCCCUGAGGAUUAACUUUUGGCGGAUCACGUUGGAGGACAGCGAGAAGACGAUGAGGCAGAUCGCCAAGUAUCUGAAAUUGUGCAACCUGAGCUUCUUAAAGGCGAAUGGAUUGAUCGUGACCGACAGCGCGAAGAAGGUGCAAAUGGAACACGUAUUCGUGCAAACGAUCCUGACACAUCUGCAGUACUUGACGUGGCUCUGUCUGGAUGGAGUGGAUCUCACGGAAUCGCAGGCUUCCAGUAUCGGAAAAUGUGUUAGAGAUCGGUUUCCGGGCACCUCGUUGGAGAUCAGUGCCAAAGACGUGCACGUAAAGUCGGUGAAAGCUUUGGUGGCCGCGAUAGAGGAGGGUGGAAGGGCGGAAGUCGUGUACACCGGUGGGUCGAACUGCAGACUGAAGAUCACUAAAGUCCAGAAAAGUAGCAAAGGUAAAAAGAAGUGAAGAUUCGGUUGGAGAAUUCUUGGUUGUCAACGACAAUUGGAAAGUUCGUAAUUGUUCGAUCACGGAAGAAUGUGGCCGUAGAAAAAUAACGAUUGGAAUUUGAUCCGUAGAUGAAUGAAAAUAUAGAGAUGGCAAACGUUCGAAAUAGGGGGAGGGGAUGAUUGGUUGCACGUGAUUCCAGGAUAAUCCGUAAAUGAUCCGGUGAAACGGAUCUUGGAAAGAGAGAGGCUAAGAGAAUGUUUUAGGAUGAGAAUAAUGUAGAUUUAGAAAGAUACGAGAUCGUGUUAGCCGUAAGAGGCAUGUAGAAUAAGAAGAGUACUCACACGAGGAAGAAAGACGUGAAGAAGGAGAGGAAGAAAGGAAUGAAGCCAACACUUUGUGGAUUUUCGUCUUACUGUGAUUUCCUUUUCUGCGCGUCAUCACUUUCCUAACGAUAUAGAUCCAUAGAUCGUAGCAUUAUUAGCUCGAGCAUUAUUCUCGAUGGUCCGUUAUACGCAGAAAUAUGUUGAAAUCGUACACAAGGGUGGGUAAAAUAUAUAUAUAUAUAUAUAUUCUUUCAACGAGAAAGAAUAAAUAAAACGAGAUAAAAAUUUUAGCAAGACCAAUUAUACAUACACAUACGUAUUAUCGAAAGAUAUUUAAAAAAUAAAAAAAGAAAAAAAAAUAAUAAUAAAAAAAGAGGCUGUUGCAACUAGAUACGUUCGUUGUUGUUAGAUGGACUGUAAAAUAUGAUUCAGAGUAAUAUAUUAUUAUUAUUGUCAUUAUUGCGAUUAUUAUUAUUAUUAUUCUUACGAUUACUAGUAUAUUCUGAUCAUGAUUAUUAAAUGUUACGAUCGAUUGAAUUGCAAUCGACGAUCCAUGAGUGAAAUGGCUUUACCGGAUGGCGUGUUGUUGGAAAUUUGAAGAAAUUUUAUAAAUUAUAUUCUAUAGUAGUGGGUAGAAAAGAAAAAAAUACGUAUCCAGACAGUAAAAGAGAGACGUCCUCGGAUUUUGAAUUCUAUUGUACACAAUUAAAUAGAAAAUAAUGGUUAUUGUAUAAUAAGGAAUGAAGAACGAAAUAAAAAAGCAACAAAAAAUACUUACUUUUUGCGAUUAAAAGAGAACGUGCGACACUCAACUGCCAAAUCGUAAUUAUAGAUUUUAUUCGCGAGUAUCGAUAUUAUAUCAGGAAUUUGUUAUUUUCUAGAAUAAGCGCGAUACGAUGAUUUCUAUCCAUCUAUUGCCGAAUUAAAACGCAAUGUGUGAUUUUCUGCUGUCCCUUUGCCAACAAAAAAGCAGAAAUACGAUACUGCCAUAUACCUUGAAGAAAUGAAAAUAAUGAUUAAAAAGAAAAUAAGAAAAAAAAUACGUGAAACAAACCAACGAGUAAGUUCGAUCAGCUUUUGUUCAGCUUUGUGCAAAAAAGCAAUUCCACGGUCGUUCGAUUUUUUGUACAAUUAGUGAGAAAACGUAAUUUUUGAUUCCCUUUUAUGGUCCACUUUAGAUAGGCAGGUAUAGCCUCGCAGGGACAAAAGUUCCACACGAUUUUUCAUUUUUGAUAGUUUGCUAUGUACAUAAGACACCGCAAAAGAUAGAAGGCAUCAAAGGUACGAUCUGCAAAUUUUGUGAGGCCAUUUAAACUACUAAUUCGAGUGGUGAAAGACUGAAGCUGACACCAUACGCGCGUAAGUACAUUGUUCAACGCAUCCAAGAUCGCUUUAUCGUCUGGAAUCAGUUUCAGUAAUUUUAUUAUAAAUAUUUAUGUAUUUAUAUGUGUAUACAUAUCCUUCAAAUAAAUGUAAUAUGUGUUUGAAAA